AUGGACGCAAACGACAUUUUCGGGUCCGAUUCUAAAAAAGAGAAGGGUUUCAAAGCCAGGUCAAAAACCAGGUACUUGUCUGGCAAUGGUUCGUUACUCGGGAACAGCAUGAACGGUAGCACGAUGCGAAUUAGAAAUGUUAAAAAAGAAGGGAGAAGAGCCCCUGCUCGUAUUCGUCGCAGAUUUGAGGAUGUUGGCGCUUCUCCUGAAAAACCUGAGAAUCCUCCAGCGGUCAUUCCUCAACCACAUAAUGAGGUCGAGAAUGAAGAUCCAGAGGAAGACGAGUCGAUUCAUAUUCCGGUUCCGCGGCGGCGGAAAGUCGACAUGAGCAAGUCGAAGAGCGUUCUCGCGAAAAGCGUUCUGACGCGAUCGAAAUUGGAAUCGACGCCCGCUUCAUCGCGCCAGCGAACGGUUUUUGGCGGUCUGUUGGACGAUGCCGCGAUCGAAAAAACGACCAUGCUCGGGGGUCAUAUGGAGACGCCGAAGGACAACAGCUUCGAAGCUGAUAAAAUCUCGCGCGUUACGGAGCCUGUGCCGCUUUCGUUUGGCGAAGCAGUUGAGAACGAGUCUUUUGCAUUAUUCGGGGCAUCGGAUCAAUCUACACCUAGUGAACAAAGUGCUGAAGAUCUGGUUCCAGAAACGCCUUAUAAAGCGAAAGAUGCUGAGAAAAAGUUGAAGGAUAGCAACUCAUCCCCAUUGAAGGAAAUUCAACAAAAUAUUUCCGUCAACAAGGUAUCGAGCCCCAAAACUUUUGCUCCAGUAGAGCCUGCUCGUUCGAAUUCUCUUGGCCCGAUACCGAUACGAGCAUAUGCGUCUCCAACAAAAGAAGCAUCUCCUUCUAAUGAUCUUCCGCCUACGUCAUCAAAGAAUAAGGAUCUCUUCAAGUCGCUUGAUGAGAGCAGUUUCUAUUUCCACAUCCAGAAUACUCCUCUGAAAUCGGCAACAAAUGAGAAAGCUCCCGUUGAACCACCUGUUUACGAGACGAUUCCGAGUGUUGAGGACGCUGAACAAGAAAUUGCUCUUACUUCUUGCGCUUUGACAAAAUCUGAGGAAAUUAGACCUGUCGCAGCUAAAAAGUUGGCGUUGCCAGUUGUGAGUCAGGAAGAGCCGAUGGUCAUAGAGCUUCAAGAUAAUGAAACAUCAGUGAGAAGCUCGACUAAACGGAAAUCCGAAGAAUCACCGUCAGUUGUUCCGAAGCUGCAGAAGUUAGACAAAAGUCGACUGACGAUGAACAAACGGGUCUCGAACAGACCAUUGAGGGCAGUCCGCAGAAUGAUUGAUGAUCCACCGACGAUUCGGCUUUCACAGUCACCGGACAAGCCAAAAGAGGUAAAAGCGAAACCGACAGGGACCAAAAUGCGACGACGGCGAAAAACAUCGAUUGGUGAAACUCCAGAUUUACGAAAAAACCUCCCCUUAGUUCCAAGAGGUCGUCGUUUUUCUCGAGAUGUUCCUGAUCCAGCUGAUUCAUUUGUGCAGAAUCCUAUUCGGCGACAAACUCGUCAAUCUGUUCGACUUCAAGAAGGAGAAAAAACUCGAAAACCGCUUGCUGUCAGGUCGCGAUCAAAAGAUGCUCCAACCGAGGUUGUGGCAAAAGCACCUCAACGAAAGUCUAUUCGUCCACGUUCGAAAAUUCAAUCUUCGCCAGAAAAAGAGCCUGUUGAAGUUGAAGCAAGACCAGUGCAGAUAAGACCUCGAGUUCGAACGAAAGUGCCCUCACCAGAGAGCAAAGAGAGAACAGAGCCAACAGCAAACGCUGCGCGGAGAAAAUCGACAAGACCUCGUUCAAAGCAAAUAUCAUCGGAAAAAGAAUCAUCAUCGAGUUCAGUUACUAAAACGGCUAAACGAAAAACAUCUGCGAAAGUACCAGAAGUCAGUGCUAGACGAAGAACUCGCCUCAGUAUGGCUCAAGAUUCCAGUAAGCCGAUUGUGCCCAUUCGGAGGCGAGAGCUCGAAUCCCAGCCGAAUUCAAGUAAAAAGAUAGAACGCGCGAUAGAGGUUCCUGCUCUUCCUACAAUGUUCAAAGUUCCGAAAAAGAAACAAAAGGAGAGCAAGAAGCCACGCAGUAAGCACUUCGACUCUGGCUUGGAUAUGAUCGGGAUCGGAGAUGAUUUUCAGAUUCCAAAUGCGCCGAAACCUGUUGUUGCUCCUGGGAGACUGGGUAAAACAAUGGGACUGGAUAAUCGCAGCAUCUUCGAUGUCACCGGUGCCUUCAGCAGAAACCAUCUGUCGACAUCGAUGCUUACCAAGACAAUGAGCAAGAGAAUCUUCGAAGAUGAUGAUAAAUAUGAGCCGACUGAAGAGGUCAAACGCGCUCUUGGUGUUCUCAAACAGGAUAGCCCUCUGACAAUUAGUAGCCACUUGACAAGUCUUAAUAUCAAGAACAUUGUUAAAAUUGGUGAAGGCGUAUUCGGUGAAGUUUAUAUGGGAGAUGUCAGUAAAAAAAAGAUGAUCCUCAAGGUCAUUCCUGUUGAUGGCACGACCCAUAUCAAUUCCUCGCCCCAAAAGCCCAUUAGAGAAGUACUUGGAGAAUAUCUAAUUGCUUCUGCACUGGAGACGGCAAAUAUGCCUGGAUUUUGUCGAGUCCAAAAUGCGACCGUCUGCAAGGGCAUUUACGCCAAGGGCUUGAGAACAGCGUGGGAUAAAUACCACGAGGAAAAAGAGUCGGAAAAUGAUCGCCCCUGGGAAGUCCUGAAGGAAAAAUCUCAGCUCUACAUGAUCCUGGCGAUGGAUAAUUGUGGAACUGACUUGGAUUCAGCUAAAUUGAGCGCGAAGGAUGCCGUCAGUAUUCUCAGAGAUAUAUCUGUUUCAAUCUCAAAGGCAGAAGCUGCAAUUGAGUUUGAACACAGAGACUUGCACACUGGCAAUAUUCUGGUGAAAGAAAUCGACGGCAAGAUUGUCCCAACUGUGAUAGAUUUCACUCUAUCACGGGCGAAGCAUCCUGAGCAUGGUCCUGUAUUCGCCGACCUUGAACUCGAUCACGAGAUUUUUGAAGGCUCUGGCGAUCCGCAAUUCGACGUGUACCGAGACAUGCAGGUCGAAUCGCAGAAGGACUGGUCGAAAUUCUGCCCUACCACGAAUGUCCUCUGGCUCAAGUUCCUCGCUGGCUGGCUUGGUCGAAACAUCAAGCCAUGCAAAACUGCUCAACGUCUCACUCGAUUUGCAUCCAGCAGUUCACUCCCUCACAGUUCAGAGGAAUUUCUCACAGUAUUCACUAAAAAGUUUAGUAGCUUGCUAUAA